CGAUCGUCGAUACCCUCACGCUCUUAUUAAUGGACAGAACCAGUCUUACCGGCAACGUAGUCUACUGGUUACACCAAACCCCUCCUGCACCUAUGCUAAAUUAUCUUUCACCUCCCCGCCUCAGGUAAACUCACCUAGCAGGAUGAUAAUGACGGAAGGAGAAAAGUAAGAAGAAGAAGAAGAAGAAGAAAGUAGUCCGUAUCGGUGGUUUUGAACAAUGAGGACGCCCCUGAAAUGUCUUUUCUUGCUGUUGGGGACUUUUUCUGUCAUCAUUUGUGCCUUUUUAUUCUUUGAGUACAUCAGCGACCUGUCCGACAGUGAGCAGACAGCAGGUGGCAGCGAUGAAGUAGACUGGAGUCCCAUUUCUGCAGGUGAACAAGAUGAAGAGAUAGAAGCAGCUUGUUCUCUGAGGAAAGUGGUGGGGAACGAUACUUUUCUCAGAGGCAAGUUCAGGUUCUCUGAGUCGGUUCUUCAGUGGAGGAAAAGUUUGUCCAAACCUGACUGGGAAGAUCUGAGUAAACGAAAACCUCCGUAUGGCUGGAAGGGACUUCCUGUCCACGUUGUCAGGUCGACUCUCUCCCUUCUCAACAGCUCUCGUCUUUUUGAACGAGGAUUACCUGACAGGUGUGUUCGCUGCGCUGUGGUCGGAAACGGAGGAAUCCUCCGAGGGUCCCGACAAGGGAAGAACAUCGACAACCACGACUUUGUCUUCAGGUUGAACGGAGCCGUGAUCAAAGGUUUCGAAGAAGACGUGGGGACGAAGAUUUCCUUCUAUGGAUUCACUACUGACACCAUGAAGGGCGCCCUCAAACUAUACCGAAAAUACGGGUUCACCGAAAUCCCUCAGAAUCCGGAGGUCAAAUACAUCUUCAUCCCAUUAGAACUCAGAGAUUACCUGAUGCUGUCGGCUGCUCUUCAAGGUCGAACUGUCACCUCAGGCAGAGACAAAGGGGACAGGCCCUGGCAGUACUUUGGUCACAAACCAGCUGAAAACUUCAAGUUCCUCCACCCAGGUUUUAUUUACUACGUGACACACAGUUUCCUGCCGUCUCCUCUGCUGGACUACCCCAACACUCGGGAUGUUUACAUACCGAGCAGUGGAGCUUUGCUGUUGCUGACUGCCUUACACACCUGUGACCAGGUUUCUGCUUACGGCUUCAUGACCAACAACUACGAAGAGUUCCCCACUCAUUACUUUGACACCAUCAAGAGGCCUCCGCUCUUCUACUACACUCACGACAUGCAGAUGGAGAACGGGCUGUGGGAGUUGCUGCACCGGCGAAGGGUCAUCAGUUUGUACCACAGGAAGGGAGACAGUUGACGGAGAAGACCACACUCUGUAUGGAGAUCUCAAACAUUUCAAAUUUCUCACAUUUUUCUGGCAUGGAAACACAACACAAUACUUAUUUUCAUAAAAUGUUGAUAUAAUGUAAAGCUGUAAAAAGCAGCAUCCAAUGUUUAAUCAUUUUACCUUUAAUAUUUGACUAAAUACAAGCAUCAAGGAGCUUCAAUAAGGUGUUUUCCUUUUAGUUUUGAAGCCAUUUAAAGGAACUCUUAAUGGGGAAUUACAGGUCAAGGUCAUUGUGGCCCUAUCUGUCUAAUUCUUGUGAAUGCGAUAUCAAGACUGCCUUGAGAGAAUUUUUGCAAAUUUGGCCCAAAUGUUCCUUUGGAUUUAAGGAUGAACUGAUGAGAUGUUAUUGGACGAAGGUCAGAAGUCAGAGUCGCUGUAACUGUCUCAGAAACAGUUUAAUUGAUAUGUUAUUUCAGUUAUAAAUUUGUGAUGAUUUAAGUUUAGUCUUUUUUUUUAAGAUUAUUUUUUGGGGCAUUUUCCCUUUAUUGGUAGGACAGUCUGAGAUUGACAGGAAAGGUUGGAGAGAGAAAGGGGGAUGACAUGCAGCAUAGGGCCACAGGCCAGACUCGAACUCCGGCCGCUGCAGAAGCCUCAGACAUAUGGGGUGCACACUCUACUCCUUUUUCCCUGCAGUUCUUGAAUUGCUCUGCACCUUCACCAAAAAGAAAGAAAGGUAUGUGUGUAUAACCCCUCCUUUUUGCUAAUGUGCCUCACAUGGACAUUGUGCUGCAUAUUUGGUCAUUUUGUUUUCAAGACUAGAUUUAGAGUGAGUGGAAAAUGUUUGUUUUGUUAUGUAACUUUUACGUCUUUUAUUUUUGUUGUAGCUGUCACGGAGUAUGAAUGUGUUUAACAGUGUAUGAUGUGUUUGACAGGGUUUGACAGUGUUUGACGUUGUGUGACUGUUUGACGUUGUAUGAGUGUCUUUUAUGGUGUUUCACGGUGUUUUACAUGUAUGAUGGUGUUUUACAGAGUUUGCUGUUGUAUGACGGUGUUUGACGUUGUAUGACUGUGUUCGAUGGUGUAUGACUGUCUUUGAUGGUGUAAGACGGUGUUUGACAUUGUAUGAUGGUGUUUGACGUGUAUGACUGUGUUUUACGGUGUUUGACGUAUGAUGGUGAUUGACUGUGCAAGGCAGUGUUUGACGUUGUAUGACAUUGUAUGACUGACAGUGUAUGAUGGUGUUUGACAGCGUUUGACGGCGUAUGAUGGUGUUUGACGGUGUUUGACGGCGUUUGACGGUGUAUGAUGGUGUUUGACGGCGUUUGACGGUGUAUGAUGGUGUUUGACGGUGUUUUACGGUGUAUGAUGGUGUUUGACGGCAUUUGAUGGCGUAUGAUGGUGUUUGAUGGCGUUUGACGGUGUAUGAUGGUGUUUGACAGUGUUUGACAGUGUUUGACGGUGUAUGAUGGUGUUUGACAGCGUUUGACGGUGUAUGAUGGUGUUUAACAGCGUUUGACGGUGUAUGAUGGUGUUUGACAGUGUUGACAAUGUAUGACGUUGUAUAACUGUGUUUGACUGUGUUUGACUGUCAAGUAUCUGAGGAAACAAAGAAGGAGAGGAAAUACAUCUUCAAAAACAUCAGUAUGAAGUGUGGCCAUAAUUCUUUGAACUGGUGUAGCUACAGCCGCUGCGACCUCACAUCCAUCUUAUUCUUGUGAGUGUGCUAUCUAAAGAACACCGUGAGAGAAUUUCUUCGAAGGUCACUCUGACCUUGCGUCUGUUUCACUUCGCAGACGUGAUUUCUCCAGAAUGCCUGGAGGAAAUUUCUACAAAUCUGACACAAACGUCCACUUUGACUCAAGAAUGUACUGAUUACAAUUUGGUGGUCCAAGGUCAAAGGUCAAGGUCACUGUAAUAAUCUCACAAAAUAUGUUUUUGGUCAAAACUUGAGAAUUCACACACUAAUCAUGACAAAGCUCCUGACAAAUGUCUCAUGUCAAAUGACAUUUUAUAUUCAAAAGGGACACAUUGGGACUGAUACUGAAUUGUGACACUAAUCUUGGGUAUCCACCUUGACAUUGUGCUCACUAUAUAGAUCUGUGCUGCUGGGGGAAGAUGUGUGUGAAGCAUCCGUGUUUCCACAGACAUGGAGUUUCAUGUCAUUACAGUUUCAUUCUUAUUCAUUCAAUCUGAAUCUGUUUUACUGUUUGUUGUUGCCACUGAAUCAUUUCAUAAAGUUGAUGGUGUUUUUAAGGGACAGGGCAAUGUGAGGUACUGGAUGGGUCAGGGGAUUUGGGUUAUAAGCAGUACCUGCUCUCUUAUCUCAAUUGCAAUACUGGUUUGGUUCAAUAAAAAAAAAAAAAAAAAAAAAAA